AUGGAAUUGGAACCUGAACUCAGAAGAAACAAACAAAAUACUCUUGAUUGGGGUGAUGAUGGUACUAGCAUGGAGGACUAUGAUGAAAAACUAGAUAUAGAAACAGAAGUGAGUAAUGCUAGCAACCUUAAGCAUACUCUAGAACCUAAGGAACAACCAAGAAGAGAAAGAAAAGCACCAA